CUCAAGCGCUGCAAGCGCUACCAUCUCAUUCAGGCUGCCAACAAACAAAUUGGAAGUCGCUGUCUCUGGACGAAGGAGCAUCUGAGGUGUUUCCCUUCUCCUGUCAUGGCCUACGGGUAGCUGCCGCAACGCCAAGGCACUAUAUACACCUCCUCCUUUGCGAGUGGCAGCAAUGUCUGGUGCCAUCAAGGUACCUCACAUUGGAUCACUUACUUGUAGGUGCACUAGCGUCGUACACCUAGGUAGUACACUAUAAGCUACGGGUACCUGUCCACGACCGGCAGCGGACAGGAACCAACCAAUCCAAUCUUCAACCUUUUCGGCACCCACCGACAGGAACACCAUGGGCUGCACUCCAGCACCACCUCCUCCAGCACUCCUUCAUUAGCAGCGCGACCGACGGCAUCGUAACAGCCGAUCCAACCGACGUGACACCAGCGCUGUGUGCGCGUGGCUUCAUUACAACCUUUCUGCCUCUGGACCGAGACACACGCGGCCCUCGACAGCCGCAGCGCGCAAUGUUGGCGGCCGGCUCGCUCGCGUGUAUACGGAUGCCAGGCCCGAUUUCCGGAAGCCGGGACGUCUGAUAAGGGAUCUGGUGCGGAGGGGGCCCGUUGAAUGGCAGUCUAUGACGGUCCCCCUCAAUUGCUGCUCCGCAUUGCGGCGACCCACUCGAUGGACGUCCGUCGACAACCAACGUCACAGCUAUUGGCAACACCUUGGCCUUCUACCAACGACUGUGUAUAAAAGACCUACACAAACUCCGGCUGAAGCUGGAACUGGAGAGAGAACCAAACCGUCGCCUCAUCUGCAAGCACGACGACGUGCAUGAACAAGAGUUUGAUCAGCCUGCAUCCGCAGACUCUGUAACGCAAGUACGCAUACACCACGCCAAACGCCCACUUAGUACGGUGUAGCUGCCGUGCCAUAGCCUCCGGCUGCAACUUGCUCGUGUCCGGCAACCAGUCAUCGUCAACGCCAGUCGCCCCGAGAGCUCCAGCGAGCAGAUUCUGGUCAAGCACAUGCUGCACUAGUCCCGCCUGCUUCGUCACCGCAUCCGCUCAACUGGGUCUCAACUGGGUCUCAAUACGGAAUUUCCGCCUCCUCUGGACUUGCCUCUUCUUCCGCCCAACAGGCAUCACCAUCCUUUCCUAGGAGUUGCCUGCAUCACCCACCGCACUACCGUCUCAGGUUCCCAACCACCGCCAAGACUUCUCUCGGAACUUAGUCAAACUACGCGACCAUGGCCGACCAGAACCAAGUACAGCAGUGGCACGUUACUGAGCCGUAUCUGGAUUUGCACUGCCAGCUUGGAGAGGGUCCCUACUUCGAAAAGGGCACCCAGACGUUGCGCUUUGUCGACAUCAAGCAAAAGCGACUGCACACCGUCUUGGUCACGGAAGGGCCAGAUUCGCUCAAGACCCUCCAGCUCGAUUCCCCGAUUGGUGUCACGGCCAACAUCCAGGGUCAGGAUCCGCAGGAAAAGAUUCUAGUGGCGCUCAAGUAUGGCAUUGCCCUCCUCGACCGAAAGACGGGUCAGUAUGACUACUUGACCCGCAUUGGCGGCGAGCCCGACAGAAUGAGGUCCAAUGACGGUGCCGUUGAUCCACAUGGUCGUUUCUGGCUUGGCACCAUGAAUGAUUUUCACGUUGGUGAGCCGCAAUCCGAAGGAUCCCUUUACCGAUUCGACCUCGGAAAGUCCAGGGAAGAGGUCGAAUCAGGCUUGAUCAUCCCCAACAGCAUUGGCUGGUCCCCGGAUGGGAAGACCAUGUACUUCACUCACACGCCUGAGAACACCAUUUUUGCGUGGGACUACAACCCCGAGGACGGCAGCCUCUCCAACAAGCGCGUUCACUACAAGCACAAGGAGAAGGGUCACUUGGACGGGUUCAGGGUCGAUAAGGAUGGUAACAUCUGGCACGCCCUGUACGAUGGCGGCUCCGUCAUCAAGAUUUCCCCGGCUGGGGAGAUCCUGGGCCGAAUCAUCCUGCCGACCAACAACAUCACCUGCGUUGAAUUUGUGGGUACUGAGCUGUUCAUCACCAGCGCCGCGGACGAGGACAGCGAGGAGGGGACCCCGAGCAGGAAGUAUGGCGGUGGCCUAUUCAGGGUCGAUGUCGGCACUACCGGAUUGGACCACACCGAGUUUAACCUUGAGUAAAGUUGAUGGUACAUUACAAAAUGAUAUAUGCAUGAUUUGCAUACACACAGUGUAUCUGGUCCAUCUCGUCCGCACGUCUCACUCCGGGGUUCAAGAGAGAGAUUUGAGGACAGUAUGAAUGUAUAUUCAAGCUUGAAGCUGUUCACGUACCUGUCUGGUCCUCAGUCAACAGACUAACUUGGUGAAAGCUGAUGGACGGCGAUAUCCAGAGCUUUGCACUGAUGUCUCAGAUCUCUCUCUCUUUCUCUUUCUCUUUCUCUUUCUCUU